AAGAAUAUGCCCAUUCUCUAAGUGUCAUCUAAUCCGUACAAGAAAUCGAUAAAUAAGACUUCAUAUGCCAUUGAAAUCCCGUUUCUUGCAACUAUGGAUUCUGUCUCUGUCGCUGCUAGUUUCGCGGCUCUAGUGGUUAUCUACGGUGUAUACCGUCGAUACACUCGCAUCUCUUUGGCAGAUGUUCCUGGUCCAGACUCUACAUCAUUUAUUAUGGGGAAUAUGAAAGAGCUCUACCAAGGACAGGCAACCGAGGCUGACUUCAAGUGGCAAGCUCAGUAUGGGAAUAUCAUUCGCUUGAAGGGCUCUUUUGGCGAAGACCAGCUGAUGAUUUCCGACCCGGCCGCCCUGCAGUAUAUCUUUGUAAAGUCAGGCUAUCGGUUUCCAAAACCGCGUGAUCGCCGCGUCCUCUCCCAGAUUGUCAACGGAAAGGGAAUUACCUGGGCGGAUGGUGACGAUCACAAACGACACCGAAGAGUUAUGCUCCCUGGAUUCGGUGCACCGGAGUCCAAGGCCUUCUUGUCAUUGUUCAAGGGCUGCGCGGAGUCUAUGAGCAACAGAUGGGCAGACAUAAUCAGUAAUUCCAAGGAACAGUCAGCAGUGUUCGAUAUUUCUGCCUGGCUGUCCCGCGCAACCUUGGAUGCUAUUGGGCAAGCUGCUUUUGAUUUUCGCUUCAGCUCCAUUGAUAACAAUGAAAGCGCUCUUGAGCACUCGUACAGAAAUAUAAUGACUGACGCAUUCGGAUCUCUGUCAGACUCGCAAAUAUUCUUUCAGGGGGUUUCAAAGUAUAUCCCACCUCGGAUUCUCAAAUACCUCGGAGACACAAGCAAAAACCCACGUUUUGUACGCAUGCGUGAGGCGAGCAGUGUAGCUACAUCUGUCGCAAAGCAGAUGGUAAAAGACAAGGCAGAAAUGCUAUUGCACGGCAAGGGCAGUCGAGAUAUCUUUAGCUUGCUUGUCAAAGCCAAUAUGGAUACAGAUGCCAAGGAGAAGCUGACGGAAGAAGAACUGUUUGCCCAGAUGCGUACGAUCCUCUUUGCAGGUCAUGAGACGACCUCGAACACACUCAAUUUCGUGCUUCUCGAGCUAGCUAGGCAUCCUGAAAUGCAGUCGCGCCUCCGGGCAGAGAUUUGGGAAACAGAAGCGGCUGUGCACGCCCGCGGGGAUGUGGACUUCACAAUCGCUGAUUUCGAGGCUAUGACGUAUGCUACUGCUGUUAUGAAGGAAGUCUUGAGAUAUUGCUGCGUAGUAUAUCAUGUGCACCGGUACGCCAGUCAAGAUGACGUCCUUCCGUUGUCGCAGCCAAUCACCACGCGAUCCGGAGACGUCAUCCACGAGCUACCGAUUCCAAAAGGCACACGAAUUGUUGCAUCAAUUGCAGCGUACAAUCGAAACAAGGAGCUCUGGGGCGAGGAUGCGCACGUCUUCAACCCGGAUAGAUGGCUCGAUGGCACAGCGAAAGAGAAGAAGGCCACGUCAAUAGGGGUGUACUCCAACUUAAUGACAUUCGGAGGAGGAGUGAGGGCUUGUAUCGGAUGGCGCUUCGCGGUGAUCGAAUUCCAAGCAUUUCUUACGGAGAUAGUCGGAAAGUUUGAGUUCGCACUAACUGAUAAAUCUGAACAUAUGCGGCGGGAAGCUUGCAUGGUAAUGAGUCCAACAGUAGAGGGCGAGGUUGAGAGCGGGGUUCAGCUGCCGUUGAGGGUCUCAGUGGCACCACGCAUUGACAAGGAGUACUAAGCGUCAUACGCGCCGAGAUGUCGGGCAGCUGUUCCCCAGCGUGCCCAUAAAUAGUUGUCCUAUCUGGUUCGCUGUGAUUUAGGUGGCGACAGCCAAAGCAAAAUACAGCAAAGUUUAUCAGA